UUGCGAACGCCGGUUUCGAAAAUGCUGUAUCGAAAACAAUAAAAAAAAAAUUUUAUCAGUUGGAUUUAGGUGGACAUAUGUGGGCUAUAAUGUGUUUUAAUUUGCAAACAUAAAUUAUUAAUAAAUGGUGUUUUCGCAUAUAAACAAUGAACAAAUGAAAAAGAACUUUGCGAAGUUAUUGCCAAAAGUAUAUGUGCGUGUAUAAACACACUAUUAAGCUUUUCUUAAAGCAAGAGUUCAAGCUCGUUUGUUUAGAAAUGUAGUGAUUAUAUAUAAACUGAUAUUUAAUGUUUACAAAGUGUAUAUUGGCAUAUUUAGUGAUUGCAUUACCUAUCUUCAACUAAAAUACAGUAGACAAUGCACAUUUUCUUUUUAAGUUCAAAUAUAUAAAGCAACUGUUUCCGCCAUGCGAAAAAUACGUCGACGUUUCACCUAUAAGAUUGGUGCAUUGUUAGCUGUCCUUACAAUGGUUUCAUUUUUACUGUUUAUUCGGCCUCAGGAGAUGGAUCGCAAUGAAAAGAUUUUAAUAAUAGAGCGUUCUAUACGUUCACCUAUGAAUCGUGGAGAGUGCCAUCUCCCCCAACUGCCUUUAAAUGAUUCAGAAGUAAUGAAAUAUUACCAUACAGUUGAUAAAAUCCAAUGUGGAAAUGCCCAAGAUGAUUGGGUCACAUGUGAGAAAUCUAUAUGUUUUGUCAAACCAGAAAUAAGUGCCACUCAAGGGGAAGUCAUUUGUACUUAUACAGAUGUGAUACGUAGCUCAGAUUAUACAAGCAAAUAUGGUAAAUCGACCAAAACCAAGGAACCAUAUAUAUUGCAGGCUAGUGAUUUCGUAAAAGUUGUCUGCCACAGUUCUACGUCUGGUAAUAUUUGGUAUGGCAUGGCUUUUGGCAUAAGAGAUGGAGUUGCUGUAAAACCGAAAGCACCUCCACAAGUUCCGAUUUAUGCGGGCCUCGCUGGUGGUGUUGCCAAUAUUGUAAAUGAGGACAAUAAUCCUUUUGUGUCAAAGUAUUUCAACAUACUUAUGUUUGGUUUUGACUCUCUCAGCCGUAAUGCAUUCCAACGCAAAUUACCUAAAUCGUACUCAUAUUUAGUACAAGAUUUACAAGCCAUUGUUUUGCAAGGCUAUAAUAUUGUGGGUGACGGUACUCCCCAAGCUUUAGUACCAUUGCUUACAGGCUAUACUGAGCUGGAAUUACCCGAGACUCGUACACGCAUGCCGAAUGCAAUGAACGUCGAUGUUUAUCCAAUGAUAUGGAAGGAGUAUGCACGUCAUGGAUAUUAUACCUCUUUCAACGAAGAUGUACCAAAUAUUGGUACAUUUACAUAUCGAAUGAAAGGUUUCAAAGAACAGCCAGUCGAUCACUAUUUGCGCACACUAUAUUUAGAAGCACCUAAUAUGUGGAAUUGCUGCACACAACACUGCAUAGGCCAUCAACCAGAUCAUGUUGUAAUGUUUGAUUACACUAAAAAUUUCAUGCUUAAAUACAAGGAUUCACCACGUUUCGUAUUCAGUUUUCAUGGAGGAUUAUCACACGAUUCUAUUAAUUUGGUAGGUGCGGCAGACGAUGACUUAAAUUCCUGGCUGCGUAUUUUGAAGGAUACACAUAUUCUCGAUAAUACAAUACUGAUUAUGAUGUCAGAUCACGGUAAUAGAUUUGCUGAAGUUCGAGCUACCCUGCAGGGCAAACAGGAAGAACGGCUGCCGUUUUUCAGUUUCACAUUUCCAAAAGCAUUUCAGGAAAGAUUUCCCGAAGAGUAUGCAAAUUUUAAAGCGAACGUUGAUCAUUUGACCACACCAUUUGACGUGCAUGCUACACUACAACAUAUCCUUGCACUUCAAAGCAGUACCGAUGAUAUGGAAAAUCAUAAAUUGAAUUCAGAUUACUAUAUGCCACCGGAAGUUGUAACUGAGAAUUUAGUGUCUUCACGUCACCAACAGCUUGCUCAAAAACGUGCUAUUUCAUUAUUCGACAUAAUACCAAAAAAUCGAUCCUGCAGCGAUGCUUACAUCGAACCACACUGGUGUGCCUGCCUCAACUGGCAGCGACUCUCCCUCAAUGAAAGCGAACCUCACACUCCAGUAUUGCUGAAGGCAGCCGAUAGCAUUGUGAGAACCAUUAACGAUCUAACCAAUUCGUACCGUCAUCUUUGUGCCCCCCUUGAACUGGUACACAUCAAUUGGGCAUUACGACUUCAUCCACAUAAAGAACUUUUAAGCUAUAAGCAAAAUAGUGACAAGGAUGGCUAUGUAGCAGACUUGAGUGAUAAAAUGCAUAUAAACGAAGAAUUAUAUCAGCUGCAGAUCGUUGUAGCACCGGGCCAAUCCCUUUAUGAGGCUAGCGUCUCAUAUGAUUUAAAAACAUUCGAGAUGCAAACAAAGACUACUGAAAUAUCUCGUGUAAAUAAAUAUGGCGAUCAAGCCAAUUGCAUAUACGAACGCAAUCCGGAAAUUCGAAAGUAUUGCUACUGUCGUGCAUAAAUACCUUUGAAAUUUAAAUAAUUUAAUUCACAAAGAUUAAUAUUUAAAUUUCAUAAUUUUAUUCGUGUGUAUUUUUAAACCGGGUAAUAGUUUCUGUAGUUCUAUCCAUACCAUAUAUGUGUUACUCGAAUAUAUUUAGAAAGGAAUGAGUAUGUAAACUCAGUAAAUUUAAAAUUACUUUAUCGUAAAUACCUUUAAUUAUUGCUAGUCUAGCAUUGGCGCUUAGUCACUGCAUUUUGUAACGUGAUACACAUUUAUUAUAGACAAUGGCCAAUAUAUGAACAAUUCAAAUGUUGCUGUAGUCGUUACAACAUACAUAUGGCACAUCCAAUUAUGUUUAAGUACCUUUGUAUUAUCAGAAUUAUUUUAAAUACCAACAAUAAAAUAUGAAAACGGCACAUUUCCAUCUGCCCAGAUUACUACAAAUGUA